AUGUCGGACGGAAGGCAUGACACUACGAGAAUAGACGGCAACAAUAUUUCAUCACGACCGCUAAGAAUUAAGCCCAUUGGUACAGUCAAGCAGAACAAGUACAAGAAGGUCAAGGAGUACUGCAGAGUCACGUGCAAACUAAAUUCCAUCUGCAAGGACCCACUUCUCCGUGAUGAAAUUCGCCGCAGCGUCCGCGAGAUGCAGCAGAUUCGGAUGGAAGCUUGGCACCUCGUUAACCUCCACACGCUUCGAUGUCUAGAGGAAGCCAUUCCGCUUCCGGACUACACUGACAAGACCUUCUACGACCACUGCUGUUCAUGCAUCGCAACUACUGCCAAAACUAAUCUCAUCGCUAGGAAGAACCCCGAGCUCUGGGAGUCGUACCGAGUUUAUAAAGAGAAACGAGCACUCGUAGGUCUUGAGGAGGUGCGUAACCGCGUCGGCUACUUUCACCUGAAGGCUGAACUUCGUAAGCAAAUCGUUGUGAACGCUGGAGUGAUGAUUCGUCAGCAUUUUGCAAAGCGCCUGCGACUCUACGUGCAGAUUGCAUUUGGAGGGCUGGGUAGCAAUCUCGACAACAAAGAAAAAAAAAAGGAAAAAGCACUCAUUGUGAGAGAAAUUAUGCGCGCGUGCUACAGCACUGAUGAGACAGAUGUGGUGGAAGCCCUCCAAAUACGGGAUGCUCUUACUCUGUGUGGCGUCGAGUGGAGUGAGCAGUGGAUACCAGGGCCAAACCGGAUCGGUGAAAACGGAUUGGCGUUCUACGUUCGAUUGAUCUGGGAGUUCCAAGAUGUGGUUGAGAAGAGGAUGAAAGCAGAGCCCAAUGAGAAGGAAGUGCGUGCGUUCUCACUUUUUCCCGUCUCCACGACAUACACGGCGUCGCACACCAAGAUUAACGGAACGACCGUUGCAGGAUUCUACCUACGCAUCAAGAAGCGGGAGAAGAAGUUCUGCUGGCAGAUUCCAGGAGUGGAGGUUUCAACGGAAUCGUUUCAGCAAAAUCGGUGGGUGGUGAUGCGCAACGCUUUUGACAUCUCGAGGUUUGAAACAAAAGUCCUCUGUGUCCUCUCCCCAACCCCGAGUUUGCGAGUCUCCCCGUAG